AUGUCUCUACGCUCGGAUACCAUACUGUCAGUGCUGCUGGUAUCCCUUCCUUGCCUCGAGAGGCUCGAGAUCGGCCUUGGACACGCGAACUAUGACGGUUUUGACAAUGAGUUCUUGGUUGAUGACUUGGUGCAAGAUAUUUUGUGCGAGAUUCCAGGUGGAGAAGUCUUGAUUAACACAAAACCUGUCCUUGAAGGGCUGACUCAUUUAAAAAUCGAAUGCCGUGACACUUCCGCAGGCGACCCUGUUCGUCUUAUGAGAUGGCUUCAGCUACCUUCGUUGACAUAUUUCUUUGGCACCAAAUGGAGCGGUAUCAAUCUGGAGGACGAAGAUAUCAAAGGUCUACCUACCGUGCUCACACCGUCGCUCAUUCACCUGGAAUUUCGCGAUUGCGCAUUUACCGCUCCCUAUCUCCAUCGUAUUCUCGCAGGAUGUGAUUCCCUCGAGACUUUGAUAUAUCAACGUGGAUGGUCCGAGGAAGUAGUGAAAGAAGAUGAUGAUGAUGACGACGAUGGACAAGACUCUGGACAAACUGUGCAAGAUGAUAACGACGAAGAGCAAGAAGACAAGGACAUCCUGCUAGUAUCCGAUCUCACAGCCGCGCUCCGAACGAGAUGCGAUACAUUGAAAUCCCUCGAGCUCUCGUUUGCCAAGUGUGCUUGGCACGAUUGGGAACAUCUCUAUCUUUCCCCCAUCAACUUGGCGUGCAUGAAAGUUUUGACUAAAUUGAAUAUCGCAGCAGGAAUGGGACUGUGGUCAAACCCCAAGAUUCCCCUGAAUGCCCGUCUUCCCAGGACACUUGAGCUUCUGUCAAUCACAAGCCCACAGAACGAGACUGAGCUCCGCAACUUGAUUCAUGUCUUGUGUACACUUCUUCGUUACCGAGAGAAGCAACUUCCAAACCUCCAAGAGCUCCGAAUCGAAGCUCCCAUUGAAGGAGAUCCAACGGUAUUCGGACUGCAGUGGCUCAAACAGGAGGCAGAUAAUGCCGGCAUCCAACUCCGCAUCAUUGAUUUGUAG